GUUCACCCACACUCCUUCCUGCCUUCCAUUGUUCGGCAAUCUCCCUAUUCUUCUUCUUCUUUUUCUCACCCCAACUACAAACAAUCCACAAUGUCAUCCAAAGAGUCUCCAAAGUACGACCGCAAGAACAUGCUCUUCCGUCAGCUCGGCCCCUCGGGUCUGCGCGUCUCUCUCCUCUCCCUAGGUGGCUGGCUCACCCUAGGUGGAUCCGUCAGCUACGAUUUGACCCAGGAGAUCAUUUCUGCCGCCUACAAAGCUGGCAUCAACACUUUCGACACUGCUGAAGUUUACUCCAAUGGCGAGUCCGAGCGAGCAAUGGGCAAGGCUAUUGCGAACCUCAAUUUGGAACGCUCCUCGCUGGUGCUCAUCACCAAGAUCUACUUCGGCUGUGGAGGAACGGAUCCUAACGCUACGGGACUAAGUCGAAAGCACGUCAUUGAGGCAGCGGACCAGAGCUUGAAGAGGGCCGGAGUGGGCUACUGGGACGUGAUUUUGGCGCAUCAGCCUGAUCCCAAUGUGCCCAUGGAGGAGGUGGUGAGGGCCUUUAACCGCCUCAUCGAGAGUGACCGCUGCUACUACUGGGGCACCUCUUCCUGGUCCGCCGAAGCCAUCUCCGAAGCAACUCAAAUCGCCAACCGCCUAAACCUAAUCCCGCCCAUUGCCGACCAACCUCAGUACAGCAUGUUGCACCGUACCACUCUAGAAUCCGGUCUUCUCAGCGUCUUUGAAAAGUUUAAUUACGGAACGACGAUUUGGAGUCCACUCAACUUUGGAAUCCUCACGGGAAAGUACAAUGAAGGUGUGCCUGAAGGCUCGCGCUUCGAUACCAAUAAGAACUUCUUUGGCUCCAAGGCAGAAUGGCUGACCAGUGCCGAAGGCAAAGAGACGAUUGGCAAAGUUCGCGCUUUGACAAAGGUAGCAGAGGAGAAGCUCAAGUGCAAGAUGGCUACGCUGGCCAUUGCCUGGACUUUGCUCAACCCGCAUCUGAGCACCUGCAUUCUGGGUGCGAGCUCGAUUGCGCAGCUCGAGGAAAACUUAAAGGCCCUCGAGGUGCUGCCAAAGUUGCAGGAAGACCCAAAGUUGGUGCAGGAGAUUGAGGAGAUUUUGAAGAAUAAGCCAGAGGGGUGGAACAAGGGGAGACCGAUCAACCCUUGAGUUGAACUCAGUUGAGUGAGCGGGAGAGGGAGGGGGAGGGAGAAGGAAAUGAGCAGUGAGAGACUAGCAAAAGAGAACACAAAGAAAGGAAUCGUCUACCCGCCCAAUCUGUACGCAAUUGAUCAUAGUAGCGAGUGUGGAUGAACAAUCAAUCAAUCAGUACGGUCAAUGAAAGCGUCAAGCCCUGAGCCCUC